CGUGUUUUGUUUUGUCUGGCUUUCCUUUACUGCCACAUUUUGCCUUCAGUUUUAUUUCGACCUUCGUACGGUGUGGAUUGAGUUGUGAAUCGACUGAUUGUGCUCAUUUCGUGGUACAUCUUUCAUGACGAUUUAGACCUUUACGCAUCGAUCAGAAGAGUAUUAGCUGCCUGAACAUCACAAAAAUGUGAUUUUCCUUUCUAACAAGUCUUGUCAUUAAACAAAAAUCUGUACUAAAGCGCGAGAUAUGUCUACCGACAAAGAAGGAAUCGCUUCUCCUCCAUCCAAACGCAACGAUGUCGCCUAUUCAAUCAACAGUUAUGAAGACACACGGAAUGCUAAUGUUACGAUGUCCUUCGAUCCUACUGACUACAUACAGAAAGCACGUGUGACCAGAGCACAACCUCCAAAACCGGCAUAUGAUCCACUGCAGUUUGUGCAACUGAAACCAUGUAGUUUGGUAAAGACCGCGCAGGCACAAAUGCAGAAAGCAGACGAAGUCAAGAAGGUGAAGGAUGAAAAGAAGGAAGAACCUGAGGAAUGGCAAUGUAACUUAGACAAUUGGAAAUCUUCUAGAAGGAAACGAGUCGAACACAUAAUUGAUAGGGUAGUCGAGGUAAAAAAGUUUGAACUAGAAGAACAUGAUCGUAACAGAAGAAAAUCCAAAACAUUUAACGAAAUGAUGGAAAACAGGGGUUCGAGACGGCUGAAGUUUCUGCCUAUUUACACAGAUGACGAUAAUAACGAUUUGAGUGAUCUUGGAAUAAACAGUUCUGAUGCAUCGAGCAAAGCAGCUGAGACGAAUAUAGAUAAUGUAGGGGAUAGAACUACUCCGGAAAUAUCCGCUGAUGGGGAUUCAAACGAAUACACAUACGAAGCAGCAAUCGAAGUUUAUAAAAGCCGAAUUUCCCGAACAACGCAUAUAGCUAACGAUAACCAGCGGUUUGAAAAUAAUGCACAUCCGAGAACACAUACAAGUACGUCGCAAACAGCUGUGAGCUCGUGCAAAGAAGCUUUACUAUCCAAUUUGGAAGAGAGAAAAUCUUCAGAUGUGUCGGUGCCUAAUAUUCCCAAAAUUGAUUUUUUAAAACGAAAAGAGCUGUUCGAGAAAGAACAGGAACAGGGAAAUGAGAGUGACUCAAGACGACAGUCUACGGAUUUUGUGAAUACUAUAAGUAUAAAGGAACGUCUAUCAGUAUUACAACUAAAUCAAGCACAAGAACCGAGCGAAUCUGAAAAACAUCAGCGUAAUAUUCCCGAAGUAUCGUUCUCGGAUUUGAAAAACCGAUUGGAGAUUUUUGAGAGGGAAAUAAGAACUAUGGCAAAUGAUAAAGAAGAUCAUUCGAAGCCAUCCUCGCAAAGGUCACACGAAAGUUCGGUAGAGCCGUUGGUCACUACGCCAAAAAAUGAACCAAAACAAGAAGAUGAACUGUUAGAAAAAACGCAAUACUUUCCCAAUGUUUACGGUGAUAUACUGACGCAGAAGCAAACUCUAGAUGAAAACGAGAAUAUCGAUACAGAUCGAGAAGACAGCGGUAUCCAUACAACAGACGUAUCCUGCUCUGUCUCUCAAGCCGACGAUCAGAAUGAAGAAGCUGAACCUCUUGCGAACGAUGAAUCCAAUGUCAAAUCGGACCAAACUGUAUCUAAAUCACAUCCAACUACUAUUGCGGAAGAUACCAAUCAUUUGGAAUACGAUGAAGCAAACGACAUAAGUAUAUUAGACGAUGCAUUGGAAAUGGCAUUCCAAGAAAUUGAUAAUGUGGAAACGACUGCCCCGCAGCAAAUAAACUCCAACAUUCAGGAGCCAAUUUACCAAAAUAUUGCCGACAUCGAAGACAUCACGUCACACAACUCGGAAGAAAGAACCAAUGCCGAAAAUGAACCCUAUUACCAGGUUCCAAAAUCCCAAGAGCCAUACUAUGAAGUACCAAAGACGAAACCGAUCCCGUUGUAUGAGAAUGUGGAUAUAAUGCAGUCGGUUGCCAUUAUUUCUGACGGUGGGUCAGAUACUAAUUUUACCGUCAGCUAUCAACAGCCACCGAAAGAGAAACCCCCUCCUCCUCCUAUAGACAGUAAACAAGAUGUUGGUGGUUGUAGUGAAUUUACUUGUAAUACUAAUAGUGAAAAUUUUAAGCGCAUUAAUUCUACCAAACGUAUUAAAAAAGAACUUCACAACAAGCGAUCGAGUUUUCUUGGAAUUGAUACAGACUACGUAGAUGAGGAUGGGUUUUCAAACCUUUCUUUAGCUAUUCCUCCGAGAGCGGCAUCGUCCAUCCUGCAAGAAGGGAAACGGCUUGAGAAACAGUAUCUAUUGAAGACCGGGCUGUACGACCAUUCGGAUGCAGCUGAAAGCCGGGACUCAGGAGUGUCGGAAAAUCACUCGCGUCAAAGCAGUGAUAUAUUUACUACUUCAUCGGAUGAUCCAGAAGAACUCAUAAAACCAAAAAUAGAAGAUCUAAAAGCACUGAAGUACAGAGAAUAUGGUGGCAGCUCGUCAAAAAGUAACUGUUUUCUGCAAUCUGAUGAUGAUUUUGGGUGUCAGACGAGAGAAAGCCAGUUGAUUCAACCUGAGGGUAUACGAUCCCCUAUUCCGCCGCCAGUUCCACCAGCGAAACCGUUACGUUCUCCGCAAUACGUGCACGAUCAGUACAAUGCAUACAACGAGCACAGUAAAUCUUUGUCGAAUGUAUCAAACUUAGACUACGGCGAUAUAAUGUGCAGUACAGUAUCGUCGAGCGAAUCCCAAAUAGCCUUCCAUAGUGCAUGCAAUAACAUUAAUACAUUAUCUAAUGAAAUUUUGCCUAUAUGUGAUCAACCCCGCCUUUACAAUAACCAUCAUGUGACUGAGAGUGGCUUAGAUCUUACAAAGUGUGUGCCGAAAAAUAAAUCGCCAGUCGACUGGGAUCAGUACAGAAUUUCGCACGAGACUAGUGAAACUACUCCGGAUUUUUAUCCAUUACACGACAGUAUGCUGCGGCAGCGGAGUUACACGGAGUGCUCACCGCAAUGGAACGUAAGACCAAGUAGACCAGCUAAUCGGAACAGUGACUCAUACACUCGCCACUGGUUUGUCCAGGAAGCUGAGCAGCGCAGAAUAGAACAGCAACAGCAAGCAGUAAGAGGCAAUCAUACGUCAGGUUACACUCAGAACAAAAACAGGAAGUCACUUCCAGAAUCAGUUAUACAAACGAUCACACAGCGAGUGCAGAAUCUAGGGAUAGGUUCCGAGCGACGAUGGCAUCCCGAAGGACCCUGUCAAGCACGCAAAGCGACUAACGAAAGUGCGGUUAAACCUGAAAAAUUCAACACACAAAAUAAUCAUCGCUUAUCCGAUCAGGAUGAAAAAGUUCUUAGUGUUAGUGGAAAGAAAAAAUGUUCUCACUGCAAUAAUGAAUUAGGGCGUGGAGCAGCUAUGGUUAUCGAAAGCUUGGGUUUGUUAUAUCACAUCGAUUGUUUCAAGUGUUGUGUUUGUCACACACGUCUCGGCGAUGGUUUCUCCGGUACAGAUGUCCGUGUGAGAAAAUAUAAGUUACACUGUCAAAACUGCUUUUCGAGUGAAGAUGGUAUCAAGUUUAGUUGUGUAUAGAAUAAAAUAACAUGCAAUUUAUUGUUGUACAUAUAGUUUAAUUUAAACACCGUCAGAUCCGUUAAAAUUGUUAUUUUAUAUGUUUAUGAUAUUUUAUUUAUAGCAAUAAAAAUGCAAAAACACGUUCAAA